AUGCCCACCACUCACGUUGGGCCCGAGUCCCAAGAAGCUUUGCAGGAUAUCGCCAAUGGCCUGCUCAAAGCCCGCAAGGUUGUCGUCGUCACCGGCGCUGGAAUCAGCACCAACUCGGGUAUUCCUGAUUUCCGCUCCGAGAAUGGCCUUUACUCUUUGAUUCAGGCCCAGUUCGACGCGGCCGCACAGCAGGCGCGUCAAGCCGGAGUGCAGAGCGAUAACGAAUCCAGCGACGUCGACAAUGGCAGAGCGAGUAAGCGAAGGAAGCUAUCUGUGGACGACGCGCCUAGUACAGAGGAAGAAACCAGCAUCAUUAAGGACGAAAUCGAAGUGCAGGGCGAAGAGUCAGACCCCGACAGCGAAGUCAUCGCAGAUACGAUUCAAGUUGAAGGCGACCCCGACGAUCAAGAGGAGGCGAAUGGCGGUCGGCUCCCGCUGGUCAAUGCCAGGACAACUCGCUCAACGAUCGUGGCUCAGCCCAUGACUUCUCCUCUCUCCUCGCCUCCCCCAGAGGACCUCAAUAUCCCGCUCUCAGCUUUCCGAAGAUCGCGUCACGACCACUUGGCCGAUGUUGGCGUUCCUCCCAGCUCGUCACCACUCUCGUCACCACCUCCCAUUCUCUUCGACCCUUUCUCCUCCAACAUGCCGUCGGAAGGCAGCCCGAGCCGGCGGUGUAGCACAUCGCCCUCCGAGGUCGACGAUACACCCCCUUCAAAUCCAAUCAGCUCAUCACAACCCAGCCUUGGCCCCAGUAGGAAUACAUUACCGAACAUGAAGGGCAAGGACUUGUUUGACGCGUCGAUCUGGGCGGAUCCUAUUCGAACAUCUGUGUUCUAUACUUUUGCGACCACCCUGCGACAAAAAGUCAAGGAUGUUGAGCCUACUAGCUCACAUCGCUUCAUCAGUCAUCUGAGGAAUCGGGGGAAGCUUGUCCGCUGCUAUACGCAGAACAUUGAUCAGAUUGAGGAAAAGGUUGGCCUGUCGACCUGUCUCAGUGAUGGGCCUGGUAGCCGUGGACGGUUCUCACGAAAGUCGACAGCCAACUUGAAUCAGCUGAACAAGAUGGUUGACGAAGUGGCUGGAAGUGCAGAAUCCAGCUCUUCAGAAAAGCCUCAACAUUCUUCAGAUACCGAGGCCACCAGGUCUCAAAAGAGCCAGUCGCAAUCAGAUGGCACCACGACACCACCACAGGGUGAACCUGAUCAAUCUCAAUCUCAACCAGAGGCUUCCAAAGCUCCGGCCAAGAACGCUCGUCGGGAACUACCCAAGUCAGGUGUGGAGUGUGUCUUCCUCCACGGCUCUUUAGAGCUUCUGCGCUGCUUUCUCUGUGGACGCGUCUGCUCGUGGGAUGAUCAAGACCGUGAACUUGAAACCAUGUCCGGACAACAACCCGAGUGCCCUCACUGUGUGGGUGCCACCACCGCUCGAGAGGAGAGAGGCAAGCGAGCCCUGGGUGUCGGCAAACUCAGACCUGACAUUGUGCUCUAUGGCGAGGAGCAUCCCAACGCUCACUUGAUUAGUCCGAUUGUGACGCACGAUCUUGCUCUUUGCCCGGACCUGUUGCUCAUCCUCGGAACCAGCUUGCGAGUCCACGGUCUCAAAGUCAUGGUCAGAGAGUUUGCAAAGGCGGUUCACGCCAAGGGAGGAAAGGUUGUGUUUGUAAACUUCACAAAGCCUCCCGAGAGCUCAUGGGGCGACAUCAUUGACUAUUGGAUCGAGUGGGACUGUGAUGCGUGGGUGGCAGAUCUGCAUGACAAGGUACCCAAGCUGUGGCAGGCACCCGAGCCUCCCAAGCCCAAGAAGAAGCGCGAGUCGAGCGGUCUCACGGAAGACGGGGAAAAGACCGAGACGAAACGGCCACCUGCAGCGUAUCCUGUGGCUCUCCGGGAUACGAAGGCCACAGGGGCGUACUGUACGCUCAAGAUAUUAAAGGAGCUCCACAGAAUAUCUGGGCACCAGCCCCCAGCACGCAGGGCAUCGAUGUCUGCAGCCGUGGUUGAGACGACAACCGUGGCCACGACAGCCGCAACGGCUGAGAACAAGACAGAGAAGACGGCAGAGAAGACGGCAGACACUCCAGUAUCUGCAUCUUUUGAGACUCCCUCGUCGAGCUCUCCGAGCAAACCCAACAAGCCUAGGACUAGGGCGAGACGACCUCGCAAGUCUGCUCCUGCAAAUCUGGGACGAUCUAAAGCAACUCCGUCGACUCUGAACCCAAAUCACGGGAGAACUCGACGUAACGCCGAGCCAGUUGAACCUCCCCAGCCAGCAGCGCCAGCGCCAGUGCCAGUACCCUUUGAGCUCACAAACCCCAUCAUCACACCUGAGCGACUCUCUCUUGUCAAGAGCUCGAUUCUUGAGUCGGUCAAAUCAAAGCCGCGGGUUCGCAAGCGCAAGAAGAUUGACGGAGAGGAGGUGGUAAUGCCUACGGUUGGCAAGCGUCGAACGACCCAGAAGAGUCCUGAGGUGGUAGAGGCUGAACUGGGUCCUAUCCAGCUUCCACCAUUGAAGCCUCAACCGCCAAGUCCGAUCUCUUCACCUUUUGGCAGGCCAGUGCCUAUGGAGCCCUCGCUGUUCGCCCAGGGCUACAACACACAGAACAAGUGCUCAGAGACGGGCCAGUUGCAGUCAAUUUCGCCGGUGUCGACUCAAAAGGAACCAUUGACAUCGGUGUCGAUUAACAUGCGAAGACCGAUGCCUUUUACAAGGAGUCAGGCAUUUGCCAUGGGGAACUCUUCAGCUCACCAGAACCCGUCAACCCCUCCCCAGGUGGAAAAGCCAAGGGAUCUGUGGUUUGCGACGCCAGAAGACGUGAGCAUUGUGGUGAAGCGUGAUAGCACGUUGGAGGAACGAGAGGCCAUCCUGGCGCUUACGAGGCUAAGCCAGGGUCACCCACGAGAACCUCCAGCGGCGAGUGUGGUGGUCCCAGAGACCAGAGGUGUUCAGACGCGAUCAUCGGCACGAUUGAUGGAGCUUUGCUCUGCUGCGGGAAACGCUGAAGGGGAGUUACGAUCCUGGGGUGGGAGAUGGAACACCAAUAGAUAG